UGUUUUCAAGAUUCACCCUCCUAUUCUAUUCACCUAUUCAGAGAGUGAGCAGUCAGCGCGAACAAAGCUGCGGCAGAUCGUGCGCUGAUUGGUUACCGGGUACGGUGCCAGAGGUCCACUACAACAGAUGGGGUUCUCCUCUCGUCGCGCAGACGCCACGCAUGCAAACCCCGGUGCGUGCAUGCACCGAUUGUUUCCUAUGCCCGGGUAGGGCGAACCGAGCAGGGAACGAACAGACUGGGCGACUCGCGGUUUACGGUUAACGACUAUCCCACCCGAAACCCAGGGUGGCAGAGAAGAACCAAGCCCAGUUGAUCGUUUGUAAACAUUAACAACUAAAGCCCGAAGAGGUCCUGAAAAUCACCACUAGCAACUCUGUCCAAAGGACACAGUAGCUUCAUUGGGCUCCUGCCUGGCUGUCUUCAGGUAAACUCCUCUGACUGGACCCUGAGGACUAACUUAUUGUGUGUUUGUGCAGCUAGCGGAUCUCUCAUUUCCUGGCCUACCAGCAUCAUACAUAUCUUAGCACGCUCCUCUCAUGCUGACUGAGAAUGGAUAACAUGCAGGAUGGGGUUCAGAUUGGAGACAACAAGUUCAUCAGCAAGGCAACAGUCCUGUCCCACCUCAAAACCUACAACCUCUAUUAUGAAGGACAUAACCUGCAGUUGAGACACAGAGAGGAGGAAGGGGAGCUGAUCGUGGAGGGCUUGCUGAAUAUCUCCUGGGGCCUGCGUCGGCCUAUCAGUUUGCAGAUGCAGGAUGAUCACGAGCGAAUCAGACCUCCCCCCUCGUCUACAUCCUGGCACUCCGGCUGUGCCCUGGAUAAUCAGAGCAAUGAAGGUACCCAGCAGACCCUGCCCAACAUAGAAGUGACAGAGCACGAGAGCCAAUCUGAGGACAGUAUUGUGAAGGCGGAUGAGGAAGAAGAGGAAUAUGAGCGCUCCGCCCAGCUGCUGAGGACGAAGAGCGAUGCCGGGAUUCUGAGGAAGGCCCAGCGCCGGUCGCCUAGCGACCAGAGGAGGAUACGACGACACCGUUUCUCCAUCAAUGGACACUUCUACAAUUACAAGACUGCAGUCUUCACUCCAGCGUAUGGUUCAGUUACUAACGUGCGGAUCAACAGUUGUAUGACCACGCCCCAGGUGCUACGAGUGCUACUUAACAAGUUCAAGAUUGAGAACAGCCCAGAUGACUUUGCGCUGUACCUUGUACACACCAGCGGGGAGCGUGCAAAGCUGAAGCGCAGUGACUACCCCCUGGUGCUGCGUGUGCUUCAGGGUCCGUGUGAACAGGUCAGCAGAAUCUUCCUAAUGGAGCAGGACCUGGGCGAGGAAGUCACCUAUGAUGUGGCGCAGUAUAUUAAGUUUGAGAUGCCAGUGCUGCAGAGUUUCAUCACCAAGCUGAAGGAGGAAGAGGACCGGGAGGUGCAGAAACUCAGGAGCAGGUAUACAUUUCUGCGGUGUAUCAUUGAGAAGCAGCUGCGUUGUCUUCCCGAGGGGACUGCCUGUAUGUGACCCGGUGUAGGGAGGGACCACCAGAUCUUCCCAAAGUCUCUCUGACCUCCUUAGCUACCCCUCCCAACCCCAGACACCGUCCCAAGCCCCAAACAGGAAUGACCCUGAACCACCCCAGGGAGAGGCAUCCAUUCUAACCUCGCUUUAAGCUCUUCCAAGACCUCUAUAGGGACAGUGUACUUACUAAUUCUGUGAGCUGGGUUGUGUGUGGUAACUUCCUAAGUUGAGGUUGGGGUCAUUAUGAAACAUGAUGUCUGCUCUUUCCGUCCAUACCAUGAACAAACAGUACAUAUCCUCCUUGCUGUCCCAAUCCCUCUCUGACACACCUGCCUCUCUGUCGUGAUAUCUGCAUAUUAACUGUAUCCAUAUCAGCAAUAAUAAUGGUUAAUAAUGAAGGUAAGGUUUGGCACUUUUCUCUUGUGUGUCUGUAUGGGGCAUUUUAGACUGUCCCAUGUCCUAUACCACUCAGAUGCAAAAUAACCUAAAGCACAUCUAAAUCUCUUUCUUAGUUCAACUGAGUUAGAUAUAUCUCUUUCCAUCCAUUAUUCUCUCGACCUCUCUCUCCUUGCAUAUUUGUAUUUUCUAUUUUUGGCCAAAGCCCCAUUUUGCCACCUGCAGAUAACUGAUUGUCUCCCUCUCCAAACCAGAACUUGCCUUAGACUCGAGUGGCAUCCCACACUAUAGAUGAGAUUCUCACCCACCCAGUCAGUCGGUAGGGGGGUUGAAUGACUCCUGUCCUGUGACAGUAUGUGGUGUUGAAACAUGCCUGUCACACAAGUGUGGUACAGUACUAUCUCCACGAUCAGCUCUACAGAGGCAGGAACUGUAAUGUAACUUCAUAACUGUUCUUGCCACAGUUAAUCUAAAACUGUCUCCUAACCAAUUCUAGUGGAAUGGAAAAAAACAUGUAUUUCUGCUACCUGUGUGUUAUUUUUUUCUUACCUUUUAUUUAACUAGGCAAGUUAGUUAAGAACUAAUUCUUAUUUACAAUGACGGCCUACCGGGGAACUGCCUUGUUCAGGGGUAGAACGACGUAUUUUUUUACCUUGUCAGCUCGGGGAUUCGAUCCAGCAACCUUUCAGUUACUGGACCAAUGCUCUAACCACUAGGCUACCUUCCACCCCAUACCAGGGUUAUGCCAGGGUUAUAAUCACAUAGUGUAGUAUAGUGUGAUAUGACCGGUGUUUCUGCUCCACUAGCAUAGCUAGAGACUGAAGCACAAAACAUAGAGAGGACCAGAGUUCCUUAAGAUUGUGAAUUAUGUAUAUGAUGAAUCAACUACAAUAGCUCAAAUGAGGGAAUGUUUUGUGUGUGUGUUAGGUUGUGUGUGUGUGUUAGGUUGUGUGUGUGCACGCACAUUUCUGAAGCAGUACUUACUUUCCUGGUAGAUAUUAAUCUGUGUGACUCUGUGCAUGUGUAUGACUGUAUACAGUACUUUGAGAUGUGGUACAACAAUUCUAUUACACCUAUAUCUACCCUCAGCUUUUAAAAGGUUGCUGUAUAUUGUGUGUGAGCGAGUGUGAGCGUGUGUGUGUGUGUGUGUGCAUGUAUGUCUGUCCUUUCAAUUUCUAUGGCUCUUUCAAGACUGACACCAUUUAUUUCAUAAUAAAAUAUUUUAGCUGUUUUAA